CAGGCAUCUCUUUUUUCAUUCCUCUGUCCCAGGACUUCAUACCAUCGGCGCUUUAUACCCUUGAAUCCCAGCUCCGCUUAUUGGCCCAACUCCGGGAUCCAGACUGGCUUUUUCGGUGCCAUUGAGGCCCAACCCAACCAAACAGAACAGGGCAGCAUCAGCAUUCCUAAUCUUGCCCAGUAUAGUCUUGUCAUCCGCCGUCCCGCCCGUGGACGUCACUGAGCAGAGGUACCCUCUUGUACGCGCAAGCUACCGAGUCUACAUAGUGUACUUGCAUCUCUGCACCCCCUGCCACACCAGUCCUGAUCAGUCCGGCCACAGUCUGUCCUCGCCCUAGUCUCUUGUCCGUUACCCAAUUUCGGCGCGGGCCUCCCAUCCAUCCCCCCCUGCCUCAGUCUCUUUUGCCCGCAACCCUUUCCUCUCCCACUCUCUCUUUAUAAUAUAACCAGUCGGGCACCUCUGCAGCACCGUCCCUUCUUGUGCCGUCAAAUCAGCACAAAACACAUCUUUGCACUCUGCUGCUUCUGGUCUAAACACCCUUCAGCCUUCCAUCACCAACCUACCAUUACAUACGCUUCCGUCUACGGUUACAGCUUGCUACAGCUAUCUACAUACCUAUCCGUACUCAAGGCUACUACGACGCCCGCAGCAGCCAUGUCCCACAAGAAGGUUGGAUUCCGGGACGACUCCCCUUCGGGUGCAUCCCACUACUCGGAUCACCAGAGGAGCGAUUCCGGGGUCGGUUCUCUGAGUGGAAGCGACUGCGGUGUUCCCAACAGUGAUCGUACCUACACACCCCGUGAUUAUGACGACCAUCGGGACGCUCGCGAGAUUCUGCGCCUCAAGAAUGAGUUGACGCAGGCAGAGGACAAGAUCAAAGAUCUCCAGGCCAAAAUCCAACACCUUGAGCGACUUCAGGUAUCCCACAGCCAGCUCAAGAUCACUCACAAGGAGGUCAUUCAGAGUGAGGCUACACUGCAAGCACAGCUAGACGCGAAGCAGAAUGAAAACGAAGUCCUAUCCGAUCAACUCACCGAGCUAAAGUCCAAGAAUGCCGAGCUAGUGCAAAAGAACAAGGAUCUGACCAGCGAAAACACGCAGCUCAAGGAGGAAAACAAGAAGCUGCGGGAACUCGAAGACGCCAAGAAACCCACAGACCUAAAGGACCCCAAAGAGUCGAGCGAAUCCGUCGAUUCGGAAAAGACAAAGAGACCCCGGCGCAAGAGCAUGUCCAUGCCCCCGCCAUCCGACUCAUCGGAGGACAGGAGACCUCGCCGAAGCUCGAGCCGACGUGCUCCACACAGAGAACACGAGAAGUUGGACAUGGACAGUGAGUGGGAGCGACAGCUAGAGAGGGAGCGACAAAUGGCACUGGCACACGAACGACCGGUCAUUGACGAGGAGAAGGAGCGUCUCCGCAGCCGCUUCCGCACUCGGGGUGACGACAGCGAUGCCAAGAGCAGCAGCCAAUCUCUCCCAUCUCUCCCGCCGGCCACCAUCAGAGGCCAGCCACGGAACAGCCAGCGUGAUAGCUACAUUGAAUCUUCUGGUCGCGGCGCACCCAGACCCCAGGUUCCAGGCCCUCAGCUCGUGUCGGCGAGAGAUGCCUACGACUACGCCUAUAAUGCGCCCUCUUACCCGGCACCACAGUACGCGAGCAUCCGCGAGCCAAGCUCUGCUGUUCCUCGGGCUGUGGCACAUCAUCCAGCUGUCUAUGUCCAGGCGCCUGCUGGCUACGUUGACAACCGGUAUCCCACCGAUGAUGACUUCCGUUAUCAACAGGCCAUCGCUAGCGCAAAGAUGCCGCGGAGGUAAUGAGUCUUUUUUUGAUCAAUCGCCACGGCCAUCAGCAAAAACCAUGCUUAUUGUAACAACACCCGUCAUUGGAUACUUUUUUUUUUUUUUUCUUUCUACCUCGUCUUUUUGAUUACUUCGCCGCAGCUGAGACCUCUUUUCUGCGUUUUCACCAUUGCAUGCCAAACAUCACAUUUGAAUCCCCUUCCCCAAUUGGCAGUCUUCGGAUCUGCAUCUGCACCCGGCAACAGAUUGGGCUGUCGUCUCCUGCAAGGCACCUCGUUUUCGUUGGACUUUCGAUAUUGGCUGGUCAGCAAGGUUCACGCGUGGGCAGCAAGGAAGCAAGCGGACCUCCCAGGGGUCUGCCAAACAGCAUGGCUGCACCGCCCUCCCGUCUCUCUGUGCCUGAUUGACAGGACAGCAAGCAGUCUGCCGCGCGCCAGCGGUAGCAGCACCCAUUCAGGCACUGCCGCCGCCAUUCACACCCAAGCCUGACGGCAUGCUCCCCUCCAAACAAAAUCGAGAGGACGGCUGGCCCCACGAUCGCGCACUGCACACUCAAGCAGGGAUCGUCUUCUGGCGCCUCGCUUCCAGUCUCUUCUCGGACCGCAGCCAGGAACAGAAGAGAAAAUUUUCAUCAUUUUUCCGAACCCCCUGUCAGCCGUCCAACCCCGCCAUCCCCAAUCGGUCAACUUGCGUCUUUCGUUCCGUUCGGGAAUCGGAGGGGCAGGCCACCAUUCGGUUUCGGUCUUAGUCAAGGGGUAAAGUGGGCAAUCGGCCCGUCGGGGUUCGGGUGGACCCACGGAAGGAACAAGCUCAGAGAAGAAAGGAAGGAAUCAAGGAACUUUCAGGUUCCAACCGUGGUCAACUAAGCGAGGUCAAGGCCAAGACGGGAACUUGAAACCAUUCUUCUUCUUUUUUUUUUCUUCUUUUUUUUUUCUUUCUCUUCCCCUCUCCCCUGCCUCGAGCUCUUAUUCACGUUUCCCACGUGUAUAAGGUGUCGGCUCGGGCUUUCUCUUUUCUUACUUUCCCGGAGACGUCCUUCGGUCCCCAGCACCACUGCCACCACCACCACCGACUCACCGAAACACACGAGACACGCACAAGCCUAAUCACACAAUGUGCCAAAGCCACAAUGGUCACUGUGUGUCAGUCUCCAUCAUCUCAACUCACCACGGUGACCGCGGUAACCACAUUGAUGGAGGACGUCUCGGUGCCUGACCGACCCCACCCGCCGGCGACCCCACUUCGGGAUCUCCACUUCUUUCCACAUCGGCAUCGGCGCCGUGCCCGGGGUCCGGUUGCAACUUCACACCUUCAUCCGAUACCUCGCUCGCCGAGGUUCACCUUUCGUUCUUCCUUCCUUUCUUUUGUUUUUCUUGGUUGGCAUCUCCUUUUCUUCUUUUUCUUCUGAUAAAAGCACAUUAUACCCCUACGUCCCCAAAAACCAUGUAGAACAUUUUUCUUCUUUCAUCAUGUAUACCCAUUCAUACCUGCUUGUUUUUUUGUUUCUCCCGCUUUUUGAAAGCUUGUCUCAUUUGUGAUUACGAAUUGGACGGAUUGGAUGUAUAAUGGAAUGCUGUCUUAUGUACCUUGAGUGGAUGUUAUGUUAUGUACUUUGCGGAAUGGGCGGAUGAAAAAAAGAAAUGUGUUUAUGUUUUGUAACGAAUGGGUAUAUAGAUGGGGUAGUCUAGAAAAGUGUCGGAAAAGGUGGGCGGUAGUACGGUGUCAAUUCCAUGGUUUCAAGUGUUUGCGUAUAACUUUCUUGCCCCUUCAUGGUUUUUAAUUGUGGAUUGGCUCGGCGGGCAGGACAGAGUGCGACGAUUCUGCUUCGAUACCUUAACUUGACUCUAGAUAUAUCCAGUCUGUAUCAGUUACGUUCCACAAUUAACAUGUCACGAGAUUUAUACAUCG